CAAUCGUAUAGUUCAUUAGGUUGGUACAUUCAACUAUCGAAUUCGUACCAAUUCGAUUGUGCCCACCCCAUUACAACUGAAAUACGAAAUAAAGUAAAAGACUGCGAUAACCAGAGGUUGUCCUAAGUUGUACUCUAAUAGCCAGAAAUGAAGAUUCGUUAUUGAAAGUUCAGUGGUUUUCCAUCGUACUCUAGUCAGGCAUUGAAUUUAGAAAUUUAUGAAGGCGCCCGGUUUGAAAAGUUUGAAGUUGUUUAUGACGGAUGUUGGGAGUGUUUCAGUUACGUUCUUGUUAAGUAUAAAAUGAGUAUUUUUCUUAUUUGUGUUAACACGCCGUUAGUUUCGUCACGCAUUGCGUUGAAACAGUCUUAGAAGGAACAUGGGGAAGAAAUAAAAUUAGUAUAGGGUUAUAUUUAUGUCAUUACAUAAAUCAUGGAUAGAACUACAUCUGAUUGUAAUAAGUCACUGUAUGUGUCCUGUAUGAAGAUAAAUGGGAAACCUAUUAUACCUCCACUGAUGUCUCCUACACGUAGAGCAGAGAUGAGGCAUUACAAACACCUGGCUGUGAUUGUGGAAGCUCGACUUCAAGGUUGGACGAGGAAGGACUGUAAUAGUGAAAGGAAUAGUGUGGACAGUGGAUAUACCAUUCUGGAAGACCCUGAACUCUCUUCAAGUGGUUAUUACUUGUGUACCAACAGAAGAAUUAUUAAUGAUAGUGGUGGUGAAGUGGAAUCUACAUUCACCAUAUCAGGAAAUAGUACUCCAUUAAAUAGUGCAGUGAUUAAGAAACAGAUCCCUUGCAAUGAAUUAAAAUCAAGAACUGUCACAAAUGCUAAUUUAAUUUCUGGGUCAGUUAGUAUGGCAGAAACAUUUCAACAGGAUAGUUUGCAGAGUAACUGUGUCUUGGAAUCCACUCAGCAGAAUGUGGUUCAAAAUAAUUCAAAUACAACAGAAAAUGGUAGUCUAGCACUGGAUGCCAGAGGAACAGAGGGUUUAUGUUUAAGAACCCAAGAUUCCUCGAUCCAGAAUAGUAAUGUUAAAUGUGUACUCGAGGUUUCUGACAAAUGUGAUUCAGAGAACAUGAGGCAAAGCUCUGGGUUCAGUUUAUUUGGUUCAAAUUGUGUUGUAUGUGAGCCAUCAGACGAGGUACAUAAUAGUAACAGUAAUAAUGAAAGUCAUAAGGAUAAUCCACAUCAGGAGAAUAAAAAUGGUGUGAAUGGUAAUCAGCAGAGGCCAGAACAUGUUCUAACUGACAAUGAUGUAAAUGGAAACUUAGUACAAAGUGCUCAGCGCAUGCGGAUUAAAAAUGGCAUGCAUCAGCACUUCACUGACAAUUUAGUAACACCAAUUAGUGGGACUGAUGAUCAUGGACAGAAAUGUGGAUCAGAUAAUAAUACUACUGGUUCAAGAAGUGAAUGUGUUAAUUAUAAAGUGUUUACACAUCAAAAUGAAAUUCAUAAUGAAAAUUCACGUGAACAUAUUGAACUUCAAUCAGAAAUAAACAGUAUGAUUUUUUUGCACAGUCAGAAGGCAGAGAAACCUAACGUACCUCAACUAGACAUUCCGUGCCUCAGCAAGAAAGCGUAUAUAACGGAUGAUAUAAGUAAACCCGUGGAAAUCUCUGAAGAGAUUAUAGAUACCUCUAAAGGCUUACAGUCUGAAUCAUGUGGAAAUGAAGAUUCUUUGAGGUUUAAUACUUGGGAAUCCGAUGGGAGAGAUGUACUGAAUGAAUACAUUUUAAAACACAAUUCUCCGGAAAGUGCAGGGUUUUCAGGGUUGACAGGUGUUAACAAUAGCACGCCUCAUACGUUAAUCCAUGAAAAUUUCGAAGACAGAGCAAGCUCUGCAGCUAUGACGUCCAGCACUGAUCUCAAUCAUUACAUGAACAUCACAGGCAGCAGUAGCAGUGGAUCCCCUAGCAGGGAUGUUGCAACACUCCAUAAUUGCAAGUGGUCAGGGCAGGAUGUACUUCACAAUGCAUCUAACAUAGUAGCACCACAAAAAUCUUUACUGACCAAAAACUGUGCCAGCGGGCAAAAUUUACAAUUGUUAACUUCCAGGGAAUCAAAUUGUAUUUCAAAUCACAGUUCUUUAUCUGAUGAAACUGAAGCUCAACAAUAUAAACAAAACUUUGUUGAUGACAAACUGCGAACUGGUUCAAAUAAAGACAUUGUCUGUGUUGUUGAGGAAUUACUUCAGCAGAAUUAUUCACCAGGUGAUACGAAAGUCAAUUCCACAAAAGGGUGCCCUGUGAAUGUACACUUUGCAGCAUGUACUGCUAAGACUUUUAAUGAAAAAUGUACCAGUUGUCAUGUACAAGAUCAAGCCAAUUGCGUUAUUGUACCCAAACUAAAUAUUCACCACAGGUGUUCUCAUGAACAUGAUGACUCAGAAACUUCUGCUAUUCCAAUUAAUAAAUGUAUAUGUGACUCUAACAAUACUGAAGAGAAUGCUAAGGAGACAAAUGAAUGUGCCAUUCCGAAACCAGAGGUAACACCGCCAAGACUUGUGCGUCAGAACUCGUACACAUUGGAUACACCAAGCCCUGUACUUGUAGCUCACAUGGUGAUGAAAGGAAAGAAUUCUGUUUCUGAUAUGACUGAGGGUUCACGCAUUCCUCCAAAACCACCUAGAAAAGCUUUGGAAAUAAUGUCUGAAAGUUAUAAGAAGAAAGGCAAAUCAUUAUUUGCAUUAUUCAGUGAGAAGGCUAAGUAUAGCAAGAAAUUACAGUCUUCUGUACAUGCUUCCUUUACUGGUUGCCACAAUUCCUCUCUCCCUGCCAGUAACACAUCAAGCCCCAUCAAGCUUCAGACGCCAUUUGCAUCACUGGAUUGUCUGCCAUCAGCUGUGUGCACAGAAUCAGUGAAAACUUUCCCGCAGCCUUCAACUCCAAAGAAAAAUAGAGGCAGUUUCAAAAACAGCGCUUCUUCAAUUGCUACCAAAAAAAUUAACAGGGUUGGGACAUCCCAGAAGAAAUCACCAACAAAGAUUCUCAGGAAGGAUUCAUCCAUAAAAAAUUUAUGUGCAGCAUCUCAAGAAAAUAUAAAGAAAAUAAAUGAAACUGACUUUGUGCCUUUUUCCUCACAGCAGGAUAUUCAAGGGUUGAUUCUACAUAUGCAGUCUGCACACAGCCAACAAAUGGCCGAACUGUUGGCAAAACAGCGAAAAGAACAAGAAGAAUUGCGUGAGGCUUUUCUUCAACAGCAGAAUGAACUGAUCCUUGAAAUCCGUAAAGUUUAUUCUACAGCAGUUUAUGCCCCAGAGUCUCAUAAACCACUGGCACAGUCGAUUCCACCACGUGACUGUUUGGAAAAUAGUGAAAAUGGAAGUUUUAAUUCUCCCAAUAGUUUGAUACAUUCUGGUUUGUCAAGUAAAAGUACGUCAUUGGGGAGUGCGGGUACUUUGGGAACAACACAUGACCUGCAUGGUAAAUGUAUUAUAUCAGAUACAAAUAUGGAAAGAUUUCAGACAAGUAUUUCAACUUCAGCAGAGAAGGAUCAAGUCUUGUUGCUAGGUGAAACACAAGAUUUAAGUGAAAUGACGGCACUUUCGGAAAAAUCAAGUCAUGAGAAUAUAUCAGUGAAAGAAGUCACCCAGAAUCCUUCACAAAACUGCAUUCCUGAUACUCUGGAAGCACAUCUCGUAAUGUAUUCAUCGCAACCAAGUAUAACCGUGAAUAUGGGAACUCAGGUUUUAGCCCCACUACCACUAGGCUUAUUACAGAAACAUAAUGAUGAAGAAAAUACCGACAAACAAGAAGACACGCUUAACACAAAUUGCUCAGUAUUACCUCUUUCACAUACACCUCAAUUAUUAUCAAGUGUUUCAGCAUUAUCAGGGAACAUAAAACAUUCCGUCCAGAACUCUGUUCCUAAUAGCCCACCUAUGCUUGAGUGUAAUAUAAUGGAGUCCAAAGACAGACAGACUGAAAGUAAUGCGGGCCGCAGAGCUUGCAUUAGGCAGUUGUUUCCAGCUCAUGAAGACCAAGGUGCUUUGCAUCAUGUACCUCCAUUGAUUAGCAAUGACCUUGAAAAUAUCGCAGCUACUCGAAUAACAGCCGCAGCUCGAGGAUUUCUGACUCGCAGACUAUUCCGGACAGCUCGCGUCCAGGACCUCAUCUUGACCAUUCGAGAUACCUUGUUAUGUGCUAUGCAGCUGAAUGGAGACUGCUGGUCCGAUAUCACACCUGAAGAUGUGGCAUUACAUCGUCGCCUCAUCCAGCAGGUGACAGCAGCAUUUUAUGCUCUCCAUUCAGUGUUCUUCGACACAUCCACUUCAGGACAAAUGGCAAUAAUUGCUGCUGACCGGGACAGAAUACGCAACCAAACCCAACGACUGCCAUUACCUCGCCCACUGUCUGCUGCUACAAGGAAAUCUAUUGAACGUAAAAUGUUGCAGAACCAAGGCAGGUGUGUUCCCAGAAAUCGACAGGUGAGUUCGAGCCGCAGCCUUCACAGAAUGAAGUCAGCAGGGAUUGACAAACAUUCUCAUUCUGGAAUCCGUGAGGUGCACCAAAGCAGUACCAUUAGACAGCACCAGCAGCAAGUAGGCCUUCAAGGUGGGACCAAGAAUCGUAAUUCUGUCAGUGUGAAUUGUGGACGGAAACCAUGGCGCUAAUUUGGUCAAGUGUUCAUAAGUAGGAAGUUCUCUUUUAUUGUUUUUACUACAUAUUUAAAAGACUGGUUAAAGUGACUGAAUGUUGUGAACAACGAAACAAAGUUGCUUUUAGCAUCGCUUUAUUUUUUUAAAGUUAUGGUACUUUUCAUAUUUGAUUAGAAUUUUAUAUAUGUGAAUUUUAAGUGCAACUUAUAUGCUCUGUGAUUCUGUAUUGAAUUUGUAACAUGCACAGAAAUUGUUGGUGCUUCAUAUGCCUUGUAAAUCAGGGGUAGAAAGUAAAAAUUUGAGUUUUGAAUGAGUAUAUGAUAUAUUACUGUGUCACAUUUAUGUUAACUUAUAAUUGUAAAAUUAGAUAGAUACUUUUUAUAACAAUUUUUACAUAGUUCCAUUUAUUUCUUGAACUCCAUACAGCUCAUAUUUUUUGGUAUUGUAAAGGUAAUCUGUACCAAAAUUGUAUGUAAUGUUAACUCAAAGAAUUUUAAAAGUUGAAGUGAAAACUAAUAAACUGAUGAGAGAUUUAA